UUUGUGUGUGGGUCGCCGCGGUGAAGGGGGACGCCUCUACAGUGCUCCACCCACCACGCCUUCCUCGCCAGACCAGGUGCUCAAGGAGGUGAUGGAAGGGUUCGACGACCUGCUGCUGAAUUUCAGGAUAAAAGUAAGUUUGGGGCUUAUCGUCUCAUGUGUUUUCCAAUUAACCUGCCUUGAUGACGUGUUGAUGAGGGGCAGAAGGUAAUCUAGCCUUCAUUGAUGACGUUUCCACCUGUUGAUGACGUCAUGGCCCAAGGACAAUCAGAACGCAGGGUGUGAGAGCUGAUUGGUUGCUGAAGACUAUAUGACAUGGCCACAACCACACCAUGUGGAGAAGACUGAACUCAACAUGGUGCUUAGAUGAAGGAGGUGUGGUCAACUCCAGCGUGGGCGGAGAGGAUGUGGGCGGCGUGGGCGGUGGUGGUGGCGUAGAAGAACAACAUGGGUGGCCGCGAAUUAGACAGGAGCUACAGUGGGCCUUUCCCGUCCAUAUAUACGGGUUCGCCUGUCUCUUCUUCAUGCUGGCCUUCUACACGUUCUUCUCUAUACUUAACCUUAGGUCACAAAUUUCCAACCGUCCAUUCAUGUCAACCAUCAACGUGUUCCUGUGCGUGUUGGGGGUGACCCGAGCCGCCUGCUUCCUCAUUGACCCCUACACGUUAGGUCAGGUGAUGCCAGGGUUCCUAGGCUCCGUCAUGUGGGAUGUGGGUUACCCUUGCAUCCUCUCAGCGUUCAGCCUCAUCCAACUCGCCUUCACUCAACUCACACAGGUGAAGUUUCGGCCGGAGACGCUGAGGAGGAAGUCGGCCCUGAGCCUCGUCAUCACCACACACUUCGCCCUCGUCCUUGGCUCUGAUAUUGUGACUGCUUUCGAGAGCCACCUGCAGGUGGUGCGGUGGGUGGUACAGACGGUGUUCCUGAGCUGGGGCCUUGUACUCUGUGUGACCUUUCUGUACGGCGGAGCACGAAUUAUCCGUCUGUUAAGAACUAUUCCCCACACAGCCUUCCAGGGCAGCGACCAGUGCCCUCCCAACAACAAAGGUAUCCUACAACUGGCUCUUCUGGCUCAGUGUAACAAUAUCGCCUCGUCCGUGCUGACAGCGGCGGCCCCUUCACUCCUGACACCUAAGAUCAAGAUAACGGAUGAGUUUGACCACACCUACAGUUAUGUCUCUGAGGGGUCCAGGGGGGCCUCCCUCCACUCUGUCGACCAAGACUCGGUUCCUUCCUCCCGCCGCGCCUCCUCCAGGGCCUCCAUCAGUAGUGACAUCGCUAACGUCGCCUCCACCUCAGGUGUACGUGUGUUUGAAGACGUGACGCCAGACAUCGCCGAGGAGAACGAAGACCAGGAACUAGACCCAGAACCUGUUGUGGUGAGGAGGGCCAGUGGUGUAGAGGGCGUCAGGACACACGCCCACAGCACCUCGAGGGCGGCAGGAGUCGCCCAUAUGCCCACAUGCCCAAAAACGCCCCUCAACCACAACCAGGUGAAAGAUAAAGCGAAAAAGAGGAACUUUAGUGACAGUGACAAGCCCGCCAGCAUCAUCAUCAGGGUGGAGGAGGUGGGGGACGGGGAGACGACCCAGGACGCUGCCGGCAUGUGGAGCUCGCUGGCUGAAGAUGAUGUUGAUGACAUAGAAUUUAUAGAUAAAACUGAGGGUGAGGAAGACCUGGUGGUGGGGGUGACCAGGGAGGCCAUGAAGGGAAUUAUUCAUAAGGUCCCCUCAGUAAAAUCCAUAGAUUAUGUGUUUAAAUCAGAGACUCCCACAGAGGAGACGACUAGAGGCUGUGGUGGUGGUGGUGGUGUGAGGAAAGGAAGUUUCUGUGAGGGUCAGUCUGGUGAGAAUGAGAUCAAACCUGUUAUCAAAAGUGACGACUCAGAAAAAUGUCUGAAAAUUGUCAACGGUGAUGAUGUUCCCAAACGUAAGAAAAGCUUGACGUGGUCUGAGGACACACACACCAUCGACAGCUGCGACAAAGACCACGAGAGUAAGAAGCCGGUAAAUCAUGACGAUAACGAGAAAACCUUAAGAGACCAUCACAGACGAGCCAGUACCUCCAGCAGACGAAGCAGUCGUAACACUGAGAAGGUGAAGCUCAGACACACUCGCUCCUACGACCUCGGGAGCGACACGAGCGGCGGCAGGAGAAGAAGUAGCACCGUAUCGUCUUGUUCCAGUCGUAAGGGCAGCGAGAACUGGCAGGCGCUGCCAGGGCCUUAUAGAGACCACCGCACCCUGGGGACCUCCUCGCCUUCUUCUACCCGCAGGAACAGCAGGAAGAGCGUCAAAGACGAGCCGGAGGUGGAGUCUCUCUUGUCCCACUCCCCAGACGUUACCCUCACCUCCAUCCUCAACCACAUCGCCUACGUCAACCAGACCGCCGCCACCUCCAAGCUUCCCAGCUCUUUCAAGGACUCCAGGAAGUCUCAGGUGCAGCAGGUACUAGUAGUGACAUACGUGACGGCAGCCCUGGGCACUCUACUCUCCCUGGCUUUGGUAUAUGGGCUUUACGGACACUUCAGCUCCCUCAAGGUCCUGCCCAGACCACCGUGGCUCUGGUUCACCUACGAGUCCAGCUGCAGGUUCCUAGAGUUCCUGAUGGGCUGCGCCAUGGCUAACAUCACCCGCCAGCCUGUCAACAGACACCCGCAGUACCCUUACUCUCUCAGACUCAAGCAGAGGAACUCACUCUAUAUGUGAUUAUGAUUACACAGUUUGGAUGACUCUUUGUGUUGUUAUCAGUAGUCGCUAACACCUUGAUAACACCUGUAAUGGGUCGCUAACACCUUAAUAACACCUGUAAUGGGCUGCUAACACCUUAAUAACACCUGUAAUGGGUCGCUAAUACCUUGGUAAUACCUGUCUGAUAUCUAUCUCAGUGGACAGAAGCGUAGAAAUUAUGAGUCAGAAUAUAUCUGCAAAAUAUAUCUGAAGGGAAGAUAUUUUUCCGUGUUUGCGUCUGUGAGUGUCUGUGUGUAAUUAGGCCUCGUACGUGACCAAAAGAGCUUCGUACGAAUCUAUUAUCCACUGAAAUAUACCAAACAUGGCCUUGUAAACUGAUAUAUAGAUGAUAUAUUAAAAAAAUUACCUUUUAUGGAAAUAUAUUCGAUAUAUAAUAGAAAUGACUUAUUACUGAAAUAGAAAGAUGAAGAUUAUGAGUUUUGAAAGAUAUAUAACUAAUAUAGUGUUAUGUUACUGUAGCCCUUUUAUGUGUGAUUUAAAGACUCGAGUUAGUCAUUUAUAUUGCCGUGGAAAAAUAUUUGGUAAUUUGCAUAAUAAAUGGACCGCCUCGUAAAUAAAAAUGCUGAUAGAUAAAUAAAUAAACACAGAAAUACAUAAAUAACAUCAACUGAGAAGGAUAGAUCAAAAGUUGAAUGGCAUUUGAUUAAAAAAUAAGUAAGGAUGAUGUGUUUGAUCGUCUUUUGUUUCGGUAAUACGAGUCUGCUAAACGACGCUCAGGUGUUUUUAAUCAUAGCUUGGCAAUCUCCUUUUUAUAUCCACGAGACGCACAAAUAUCAGGUUGAGAUAAUAGUUUGUAACUAGUCUACUAGAUUAUCAAGUUUAGAGACAAUGUGUAACUUGGUUGAGAGAUACUGUGGGGUUUCGUGAUGUUGGUUCUCACUCAGGAUGGGUUGGAGAAAGGAAACUCACAAUGUGCUCUCUGUAUACAUAUUGUAUUGGAUGUACAGUGCAGCUUGGUGCUGGGAAGUGGC